GCAAGAGAGAGGAACUGGGGUGAGCAAGCACUGUGGCUUUGUCUGUUUCCUGUUUCAGCAAAGGCUGCUGUGCAAAAAGAAAGACCGUACUAACAAGGGAAACGCUAAGGGGGCCAUGGAUUGAGAGCUUGCACUUUACUCAGCUGCUGUCCUGCCCCAUCUGAGACCAGAGCCACGAUCUGCCCAGGCGCUGGAAUGCUCUCCUGAGUUGUUUGGUUUGGAGCCUGGGACCCAAGGCCCUUCUCUCCUAAGCUCACACUGGGAGCUGUGCCCCGGGCGGCCAGACCUCUGCGGGAAGCCCCUAACUGCACACACAGACAGGAAGCAGGAGCAGACUUGGAAAGGCGGCGACAAACCACUGUCAGAUGAACCAGAGCCGUAAAUAUGAUUUCAACCGGAGACCACAUCCCCUCCAUGUGGAGACAGCACCCCUUCAAAGAGAAGAGAGUGGGGGACAGAGGGGUGAGGCAUGCUUGCUCCUGGAGUCUAGCUGGAGGUCUCGGUCUUACAGCACCAAGUCUUUAAGAGCCAAGAUCAGCAAGACCAGGACCCAGGCAGCUAUUCCAGGAACUGGAAGCCAAGCACAACAGGUGCUCAGGAGGUCAUCAUGAUCAGCCCGGACCCCAGGCCUUCCCCUCGCUUGGCCCGGUGGGCUGAGAGCUACGAGGCCAAGUGUGAGCGCCGGCAGGAGACCCGUGAGAGCCGCCGCUGCCGCCCCAAUGUGACCACUUGCCGCCAGGUGGGGAAGGCACGGAGGCUCCAGCAAAGAGAGCAGCUCCAGAGAGCACGACAACAGGAGUUCUUCAGGAGGAGGAACUUGGAGGUGGAGGAGAAAGGCAAGGCCCAGAGCCCCAGGGCCAAGGAGCGAGGUCCCUCCAGGAGGCCAGGCCAGCCAACUGACCUCAAAGAACCCUUGUCUUGUGCCCACAGGAUCUCUUGCCCCCGGCAGCAGGUGUCAGACACCAGCUCUGAGAUUUUUCACACCCAGCGUCACCCUCCCUCAGGCACCUGGAGGGAUCUACCUGACCGCCCCUCCCAGGCCAGGGACUUUUCACCGAAGGACUCUCCCACCAAAAAACCACCCCAGCACCAUCGCGGCACUCAGACAAAGGCCGAAGCAGCCCAGCCAACAAUUAAGAAUGAUGCCAGUCAGCAAACCAAUUACGGAGUUGCAGUUCUGGAUAAGGAAAUCAUCCAGCUUUCUGAGUACCUCAAAGAGGCCUUACAAAGGGAGCUUGUUCUAAAACAGAAAAUGGUGAUUCUCCAAGACCUACUCUCCACUCUGAUAAGGGCCUCUGACAGCUCUUGGAAGGGCCAGCUUAACGAAGACAAAUUGAAGGGCAAACUGAGAUCUUUAGAAAACCAGCUGUACACCUGUACUCAGAACUACCCCCCUUGGGGAAUGAAAAAGGUGUUAUUGGAGAUGGAAGACCAGAAAAACAACUAUGAGCAGAAGGCCAAGGAGUCACUGCAGAAGGUGCUGGAAGAGAAAAUGAGCGCAGAGCAACAACUGCAGAGCACACAGCGGUCCCUGGCUCUGGCCGAGCAGAAGUGUGAAGAGUGGAGGAGCCAGUAUGAAGCUCUGAAGGAGGACUGGAGGAACCUGGGGGCCCAGCACAGAGAGCUGGAGAGCCAACUCCACGUGCUCCAGUCCAAACUGCAGUCUUCCUCUUCCAUGGAAUCUGUUCCCAAUCUCCGCCGCAGCACUGACCUGCCUCUGUGUUGGACCCCCUCCUUACAGGGAGCAGACAGUAGAGACCUACAGAUGAACCAGGCUCUGCGACUUCUGGAAAAUGAGCACCAGGAACUGCAGGCCAAGAUUGAACACCUGCAGGGGGACAGAGAUCUGUACAGCUCGGAUACCCUGCACCUACAAGAUCAGCUGAAGAGGUCAGAGGAGGAGAAACUCGCCCUGGUGGCCCAAGUACAGCAGCUGCAGGGUUUGCUUCAGAAUCAAUCCUCACAGCUUCAAGAACAGGAGAAACUCUUAACAAAGAAAGUGAUAGGACCCUGCCUCAGAGGUGUGGACCUCACCAUCACUGAGAAUCUGGCUGCUUUUUUAGAUCAGGCUUUGCCUGUGUGGAGUCCAAAGCCCUCCCAUUAUGAAGUGGAACCUGAGGGCACAGGGAAGGAGAAAGAAUGGGAUUUCAGAGACCAGCUGCAAAAGAAGACUUUGCAGCUCCAGGCCAAGGAAAAGGAGUGCAAAGAACUGCAUUCGGAGUUAGACAACCUCAGUGACGAGUACCUCUCCUGCCUGCGUAAGCUGCAGCACUGUCGAGAAGAGCUGAACCAGAGCCAGCAGCUGCCUCCCAGAGUAAGAGGGUCUAUCCUCCCAGAUCGCCCUGCAUGUUGGUGGGAUGGUUCCUCCUUCAGCCAAAUCCUGCAGAUAAAGUUUAUCAGCCCGUGCCAACAUCUGGCCAGCCUGUUCCAUUCAACUUGGUUGACAUACUUGAUAGUAUAACCAGUGUCAGCAAACACUGGCUCAUGGAUCCAAGCCUAAUUUUCAUGGAAUUCUUGAGCCUGAGGGGAAGACUUACUAUUAGCUAAAGUAUGAAGUGGUAUUCUUUUAGCUUAUUAUGAGCUAGUGGUAAGAGUGAGGAGAGCAAAAGUACCACGGAAUACGAACAGAGCAUAAUAUAAUUUUGCUGAAUUCUGUCCCAUUCUUAACUAUUCUUUUUUUUUUUUUUUUAAAGAUUUUAUUUAUUUAUUUGACAGACAGAGAUCACAAGUAGGCAGAGGCAGGCAGAGAGAGGAGAGGAAGCAGGCUCCCCGCGAAGCAGAGAGCCCUAUGUCGGGCUCCAUCCCAGGACCCAGGGAUCACGACCUGAGCCGAAGGCAGAGGCUUAACCCACUGAGCCACCAGGGCGCCCCUUUCCUUAACUAUUCUUAUCAGUAUCUAAGUAUCUAGCUCUUGCUGAGUAUGGUUCCCUGAGCCAGUGGCCCUGGAUUGGGGGCCAGUGACCAGCAGUAAAGUAGUUUUAUCCCAAAGGAUGUGACCAAGUGAGAGAGACAGUGAUACAAAAAGCUUUUUCUCCUCUACUGAUCCAAGGUUUUCCACUGGGCUAGGAUGGGAAGAAGGAAGAUUAUUUUUGCCUGUACCUUCUCCAACAACCCAUGGCCUCUUUCUCUCCCCCGCCCCUCCUAACAGAGGCAAUGUGGCCAAUGGCUCUCGAUGCUGAUGGUAAUGAUUGCUAUAGCACUGGCAGUGUUCCUGGCCAAGAAGGACAGCCUGAUGAUCUGAAUCACUUGUGACCACUGCUUGGGUGAAAACCUGAAGCAAGAAACUCAAUAAAAAACUCAGAAGGUUGAUAUACUUUGAAGGGGGGUGCAUUUUCCCACCUGAGAUUUCUGACUUUGUUAUUAUUUUUUUAAUCUAUUGUAAAAUAAAUACUUCAUCUAACAGUC